CUUAAUCUCGUAAUCAGACGAGAUCUUCAUCUAUCCUUGACGAGGUUAUUCCACUUGAUAGGGCGAGUUCGUUUUGUAAGCGAACUCGGUUUUGUACCCAAAUAUCGCAUUGUUUAUUCUGGCAGGAUAGGACUAGCUGGCUCGUUUGAAAAAGACAGACAUGAUGAGGAAAUGUAUCGUAUUCGCCAUCGUUGUCACACUGGCUUCCAGGGCUUCAAGCCUAUACCUGGAAACUUUCCAUACUGGGAUCUGGAAAGUAGCCGAGGACACGCAACAUACAUUAAAUCUCUCUUUGAGACUCAGCGCUAACGAAAGCCUGGAAGCCUUUCCUGCUGCUGACGUCUUCCUCGGGAAUCCUGGAGCUUUGCUGAUAGUAACGGCUGUUCCAGACGAAGGCUGGAAACUACAGUUCGUAAAUUCCAGUGCUGUUUUUACUGCGCAGGAAGUCCUGGAAGGUGCCACAAAGAACAUUUCUUUCUCUGGAUAUUAUUGGGGCUUCACGCAUCUGGCUUUCUAUUUGACCCGGAAUGAUCUUGACCCGGAUUUCGAAAACAAAACUCUUCUGAGAGACGACCUGGAGAUUGUGGUCGACCGUUCUUCCAUGACAGUAGACGUCAUAUUUAUUAGCGUUGGCUCAGUGUUGGUCCUCUUCAAUAACAUCAAUAUGGGAGCGCAGAUGAACAUCGGUCUGAUACUGAAGGUUCUGAAGAAGCCGAUUGGACCCUUAUGUGGAUUCCUUUCUCAGUUCAUAUGCAUGCCCACGAUCACAUGGUUAAUGGGCAGACUUCUCUUCACAGACCCUCUCUACAGACUGGGUCUUUUCACCUUUGGUUGCAGUCCUGGAGGGACAAGCUCCAACUUCUGGACGUUGAUGUUCAAUGGGGACAUUAACCUUUCAAUCACCAUGACGGCUAUUUCGACCAUAGCGGCCAUGGGGAUGAUGCCUCUCUGGAUGUUCACCUUAGGAUCGAGCCUUUUGGAAGAGAAUAAUAAUAUUCACAUUCCAUUUGGGAACUUGGCUGUUUCCUUGGCUGCUCUCACCAUUCCCGUUUGCAUCGGUAUAGUCAUUAGGUUAAAACGGCCAAACUGGGCAGACACUGGGCGGAAAGUGAUCAAGCCUUUCUCUCUCUGUCUCCUCCUGUUUUUCAUGUCUGUGGGAACGUACAACUCCUACAAAGUGGUCAUGAUGAUGACUUGGCAAAUGAUCCUAGCAGGCUUCCUGGUCGUGAUUUGUGGCUACACCUUAGGAGCCAUUUUUGCCAAAAUAUUCUGCCUGAGCACACCUCAGGUCAUCGCCGUCAGUAUAGAGACGGCCCUGCAGAAUCCAGGCGUGGCCUUUAUCCUCCUGAAGCUCUCCAUCGAAAGCCCUUACAGUGAUUUGGCGUCCGUACCGAUCAUGGCCGCUCUGUUCGUCAGUGGACCUCCACUGGUCAUCACUUACUUCCUGUACCAACUGGCGAAAAAAUGCUGUGGAUGCUGUAAAGGAGAGGACAAGGAAACGGCGAUUCCCCAACAGACUUCCCCAGAGGAGUCGUCGUUCAUCCCCGGCGAGGAUUUACGGGAGGAUGGAACAAAAUCUAAGGAAAUAUCCAUGGGGUAAAGGUUAAAGGAAUUACAAUGGGUUAGUUGUUAACAGUUAUAGACUAUUGUGUGGUAAUUAACACAAUAUAAAAGGGUUAAGGAUCAUGCCAAAGAGACGAUAAUUCUGGAUGUAGAUUCAGGAUGCAUCAGUGAGGGAAAGUAGUGCUAUCCGUUCCAGGUCAAAGUUUACAGAUCAUUCCACUGGACAAAAGAUGAAGAAUUGGCUGCAUAAUAGAAAAGAUACAUCCUUGAGAUACAGCUUACAGAAUCUGUCGAAGAAAAACGAUUAGAGACAGUGUCAAGGUAAAGAUUAAAGUAUACAUCGUAGCAUAAAGUUUACAGAUAAUUUAAAGGAAUUAAGGCUGAAUGCAGUUGGACAGAAAUAACAAAUAGGCUUUAAAUUAACUACUGGCUAGACUUCAAUAAAUACAAACGAAAAGUGAUCGCAGUACAAAAUUUAAGUUUAUCAGAAGAUGAAUGUCAGAAAUACUUUGAGAUCAGUUUAAAAGCAAAUGCCGUAAGAUAAUUUUUAAAGGAUUUACCAAUUUAUGAUUCUAAGAUAAAACUACAUAGGAUGAAAACCUAAGAAAAAAAAUCCUUAGAUGAGUAAUUAUUAAAUACAUCACUUCAAGGUGAAUUCUCAAAUACACUGCGUGGGAUAAUGUUUUAGUGAAAUUCUUUUCAUAAGGUGUCACGGAAUGAUAAUUCAGUAGACCCUAUAAUUAAGAGGGAAAAUAAAUUCUAGUCAUUUCAACAGUAAUUGCUCUGGGAAAAUGCAUUAACCCUUGUUUCAAAAUUAAAGAGAACGCGUUUGGAUAGGCUUAGAGCGAGCUUCCGUUUGGAAUUAAAUCAAAAGAGAAAAUGUAUGGCAUAACAUUCUAAGAUAAACGCCCUUUGGAACACAGCUCUGAGGGAAAUCCCAUUUGUAUUUAAAUCAACAGGGAAACCGUAUGGGGUGAGGGAUUUUAAAUUACGUAAAGGAAAAGGACUAAAACUAACAGAGAUGACAACGUAUUCUCCCGUGGCUGGGGAGAUUUUGCCAUUAAGUUAAAGUAGUUCUUAUGACGAAAUAUUAGAAGUUCUAAUUUAGUAUAAUACUUGCACAUUUGAUUUUCAUUUCACGUGCACGUAUUGUAUCAUUUUGAAAACAGGUUUAAUGACAGACAUUCGACUUUUUUAAAAUAUAUGCAAUGAGUUGUCAUGCAAAAAGCAAAUAUGUACUUUUUAUGUAUGCCCAUGUAAGACUGACAUAUCAAAACAGUUAGGCUGAAGAUAAAUAUCAAAUAAAUUACACAACUUUUUUUUAUAUCGAAAUGAAAAAGUAAAGGAAUUGGCAAGA